UCAAGCUCAAGGAUAGAAUUGAUAGAGUUGGGAUUGAUAUGCCAACCAUAGAAGUAAGGUUUGAGAAUCUGAAUAUAGAGGCGGAUGCAUAUGUGGGAAGUAGAGCUUUGCCUACUUUCAUCAACUUCACUACUAACUUCAUCGAGGAUUUGCUGAACGCACUUCACAUAAUCAAAACCAAAAAGAGGAAAUUCACUAUCCUCAAUGACGUCAGUGGGAUCGUGAAGCCCAGCAGGAUGACGUUGCUGCUGGGGCCGCCGGGCUCCGGAAAGACGACGCUGCUGCUGGCAAUGGCCGGAAAGCUCGAUAAAGACCUGCGGGUGAGCGGGAAGAUGACGUACAAUGGCCAUGAGCUAAACGAGUUUGUGCCACAGAGAACAGCUUCUUAUAUUAGCCAACAUGAUCUCCAUAUCGGCGAAAUGACCGUUAGAGAAACGUUGGAAUUCUCUGCCAGGUGUCAGGGCGUUGGUUCCCGUUAUGAAAUGUUAGCAGAGUUGUCUAGGAGAGAAAAGGCUGCUAACAUCAAGCCAGAUCCUGAUCUGGAUGUCUUCAUGAAGGCAGCAGCAACAGAAGGGCAAGAAGCCAAUGUUGUCACCGAUUACAUUCUCAAGGUAAGCAUUUGGAUUGAUGAACAAGAAAACAAAAACUACUAAUAAUUUGUGCAGAUCGAUGAGAGAAAAAUGAAAGCAAAUACAUGGACUAAUGUAGUUUGACUUUAUCUGUUUGUAAUGGCAGAUUCUGGGACUGGACACAUGUGCAGAUACGAUGGUGGGAGACGAAAUGCUAAGAGGGAUAUCCGGCGGACAGAAGAAGCGAGUGACGACCGGAGAAAUGAUCGUCGGGCCGGCAAAGGCUCUCUUCAUGGACGAAAUAUCCACCGGACUGGACAGCUCCACGACCUACUCCAUCGUGAACUCGCUCAAGCAAUACGUCCACAUUCUCAAGGGCACCACCGUCAUUUCUCUGCUCCAGCCGGCCCCUGAGACCUAUAACCUGUUCGACGAUAUCAUCCUGUUGUCCGAUGGCUACGUUGUUUACAACGGCCCUCGCGAAACUGUGAUCGAUUUCUUUGAAUCCAUGGGGUUCCAGUGCCCUGACAGGAAAGGCGUUGCUGAUUUCUUGCAAGAGGUCACAUCAAAAAAGGAUCAACACCAAUAUUGGAUGCGCAGAGAUGAACCUUACAGGUUCAUUACAUCAAAGGAAUUUGCAGAGGCAUAUCAAUCUUUCAAUGUCGGAAGGGAAGUGGCAGAGGAACUGUCAGUCCCAUUCGACAAGAGCAAAAGCCAUCCGGCCGCCUUGACGACUCAAAUGUAUGGCAUAGGAAAGCUACAACUCCUAAAAGUAUGCACACAGAGAGAGUUUUUGCUCAUGAAGAGAAAUUCAUUCGCUUAUAACUUCAAAUUCUUCCAGCUGAUGGUGAUGGCUUUGAUUACAAUGACCAUGUUUUUCCGUACUAAGAUGAGCAAAGACAAUGAGACUGAUGGAGGGAUAUAUAGUGGUGCCCUAUUCUUUGGUGUGAUUAUGAUUAUGUUUAAUGGCAUGUCUGAGACUCCCAUGACGAUUUUCAAGUUACCUGUGUUCUACAAGCAGAGGGACCUCCUAUUUUUUCCUCCAUGGGCAUAUGCUCUCCCUUCCUGGAUUCUUAAAGUUCCCAUUACGUUAAUAGAAGUCAGUGUCUGGGUGUUUCUCACUUAUUAUGUCAUCGGAUUUGAUCCUAACGUCGGCAGAUUGUUCAAACAAUUCUUGUUACUAGUGAUGGUAAACCAGAUGGCUUCAGGAUUGUUCCGAUUUAUUUCAUCCGUUGCUAGAACUAUGGGAGUUGCAAUGACAUUUGGAUCCUUUGCAGUUCUUCUCCAAGUUGCUCUAGGAGGUUUUAUCCUUGCACGAGAGGAUGUGAAGAAAUGGUGGAUUUGGAUGUACUGGUCUUCCCCAUUAAUGUAUUCACAGAAUGCAAUCCUUGUGAAUGAAUUUAAGGGGCAUAGCUGGAGAAAAAACGCAACGUCUAGCACAGGAAUACUUGGAGAUGUUGUCGUGGAAUCCAGAGGAUUUUUCGCUGAAGCAAAAUGGUAUUGGAUCGGUCUGGGAGCACUUCUUGGAUACACAAUCGUUUUCAACAUAUGUUACAUGUUGGGGCUCCAGUAUCUUAAUCCAUAUGGUAAACCUCAAGCCAAUGUAUCCGAUGAUAAUGAAAAUGGAGAGACGAGUAUUGUAUACUCAUCAAACUCUUUGGACCAAACCGCUGCUAAUGGAGUUACAGAGACUAAGAAAAAAGGAAUGGUCCUUCCAUUUGAACCAUAUUCGUUGACGUUUGACAAUGUUGUAUACUCUGUUGACAUGCCACGGGAAAUGAAAGAGCAAGGUACUUCUGAGGAUAAAUUGGUAUUGUUGAAGGGUGUAAGUGGAGCCUUUAGGCCUGGUGUUCUUACAGCUUUGAUGGGUGUUAGUGGGGCUGGAAAAACAACCUUGAUGGAUGUGUUGGCAGGAAGAAAAACUGGUGGAUAUAUAGAAGGUGACAUAAAAAUUUCUGGUUAUCAAAAGAAACAAGAAACAUUUUCCCGUAUCUCAGGGUAUUGUGAGCAGAAUGACAUACACUCUCCUUUUGUUACUGUUUAUGAGUCCCUGGUCUACUCAGCAUGGCUACGUUUACCAGAUAGCGUUGAUUCUAAAACCAGAAUGAUGUUUGUGGAUGAAGUUAUGGAAUUAGUUGAGCUAGUCCCAUUGAAAUCUGCCCUUGUUGGGCUUCCUGGAGUUAAUGGUCUCUCAACGGAGCAACGCAAAAGACUCACAAUUGCAGUUGAGUUAGUGGCAAACCCAUCUAUUAUCUUCAUGGAUGAGCCAACUUCAGGACUUGAUGCUAGGGCAGCUGCCAUUGUGAUGAGAACUGUGAGGAACACCGUUGACACUGGAAGAACAGUUGUUUGCACCAUCCAUCAACCUAGCAUUGACAUUUUUGAAGCUUUUGACGAGUUAUUCUUAAUGAAACGAGGCGGACAAGAGAUUUAUGUUGGACCAUUGGGACACCAUUCAUCUCAUUUGAUCAAAUACUUUGAGUCUAUGAAUGGAGUUUCAAAAAUAAAGGGUGGCUACAAUCCGGCAACUUGGAUGCUGGAAGUGACUAGUUCAUCUCAAGAAGUAGCACUUGGUGUCGAUUUUGCUGAGGUGUACAAGAACUCAGACCUAUUUAAGAGCAAUAAAUCAUUGAUUUUAGAGCUAAGUACACCUCUCCCCGGGAGCAAAGACUUAUACUUCCCUACUCAGUUCUCCCAAAGUUUCUGGAGCCAAUGUAUGGCUUGCCUUUGGAAGCAACACUUGUCGUAUUGGCGCAACACAUCUUACACUGCAGUGAGGUUUCUCUUCACAACACUUAUAGCUGUUACAUUCGGAACCAUAUUUUGGAACCUUGGUACCAAAACUAAACGGAGACAAGAUCUGAUGAAUGCCAUGGGAUCCAUGUAUUCUGCGGUGUUAUUCCUCGGUGUGCAAAACUCUUCAUCAGUCCAACCUGUGGUAUCAGUCGAACGUACUGUCUUCUAUAGGGAGAAGGCUGCUGGAAUGUUUUCUGCCCUACCAUAUGCCUUUGCACAAGUGGCUAUUGAAAUCCCAUAUGUAUUUAUGCAAUCAUCUGUAUAUGGCUUGGUUGUUUAUGCAAUGAUCGGGUUUGAAUGGAAUGCGGGAAAAUUCUUCUGGUACUUGUUCAUGAUGUUUUUCACAUUGUUAUACUUCACGUACUAUGGGAUGAUGUCUGUGGCCAUCACUCCCAACCAAAAUGUGGCAUCCAUUGUCUCUGCUUUCUUUUAUGGAGUUUGGAAUCUCUUCUCAGGAUUCAUAGUUCCAAGACCGAGGAUGCCUAUCUGGUGGAGAUGGUACUUCUGGGCAUGCCCAGUUUCGUGGACUUUAUAUGGAUUGAUUGCAUCCCAAUUUGGAGACCUCGAGGAUAUAGUGGUUGAUGCAGACAACUUGCCUGUGAAGAAUUUCUUGGAUUCUAACUUUGGGUUUAAACAUAGUUUCUUGGGAGUGAUUGCAGCAGUGAUGAUUGCAUUCCCUACUAUGUUUGCUGUCACCUUUGCGUAUGCGAUCAAGGUGUUUAACUUCCAAAAAAGAUAGAACAAUGCAACAAAGUUCAUUUGAGCAUUAGUGGUAUAGCUUAGCAGUACUAUUGUGUCUAUGGCGGGACACUCCAUGAAUUUACUUCUCAUUAUUUUGUUUUCCAUUUGAUGUUUUGUAAAAAGAGAUUUAAUACUACGUAUAAUUUUUUCUUCUUAUUUUAGCAAAUAUAUUACAAAAGCAGUUAGAUCUUAUCCACACUUGAUCCACUUUCACUUUUUGUAUCACUUAUUAUUAAU